AUGGACUGUGCACCACGGAAUACAGAGCAAUUUCAUCAGGAAGUAGAAUACAACAAUGACGAAGAAGAUAACAAUGGACAGUACUUUGUCAACCGCAGGUACAGAGAAAGAGGAGGCCACAAUAGAGGGAGAUUUCAAGGAAGAGGUGGCCGAGGAAGUUUUAGGGGAGGUGGAUUUCAUGGUGGAUUCGGCAGCAAUAACGACCGCCAAAAGAUCUGCUUCGUGUGCAAAAAGGCUGGAUGCUGGUCCACUCGGCACACACCAAGCGAACGUCAGGGACGGAUCAAGAACUGGCUGACGCACAUGGCAGAGAACGAACUCCCGAACGACAACAAUACCCUGGGUAUAUUCAUCAUCGACUAUGAAGGUUACGAGGCGAACCAAAAUGACGGUGAAAGUAACCUUAUUGACAUGUUCAACACGUGGUCAGAAGACAAGAUUGAACAGUUCAACACCAGCUACAGGACCAUUGAUGGACAGAAUACGGCUAUCCUGCUCAACAAUCAAGCGGCCAUACAUGCCCUAACAGGCAAUGACCCAUUUAAACGGGCCCAAUCAGAGCCAAGCUCUGUGUUUCAAUUCGGCAGCUGUUACAAUUCGGAGAUAUUCCAGGGGAUUUUGCCUGACAUAGGAGCCGCUGGAGUAUUGACAGCUGGAGAAAGCCAAGUUAAGGCUCUCCGAAAGAUCAUUCCAGAGCUCAAAAUGGACACUAGGACAGUAGGCACCCAUCGCAUAACCUUCAGUGACAACCCCCACGUGGCAACCCUGGGAACAGUCGAGGUAAAGAUCCCGUUUGGCACAAUAAAGUUUACAGCUGUUAAAGCAAAUACCCCAUUUCUCAUAUGCUUAACUGACAUGGAUAAACACCGCGUGUUCCUGGAUAACACGCGAAACGUACUCGUCCAUACAAACAACAAGAAUAAGCAGGAGAUGUACCCCGUUGUGCGUAAAUUGGGGCACCCGUUCUUUCUCCUUGACCUACGACCACAGCAGCAGCAUGCCAUCUGA